AUGGAUCCGGCAUUUUCGCUAGCUGACGAGCUAUCCGGCGUACACACCCUAGACGGGCUUGACGAGCUUGGUGCACACUAUACCACACUGGACGAGUUCGAACACCCGUACGAUGUAGGAUCUCUCGGCGACGAGCUGGGACAGCUCGACCUUGAUCCCGAACUGCAUCUUGGCAGUGGAAGCUUGGCGGACGAACUUGAACCCACGCACAGCGGUAGCUUAGCGGACCAAGUGGUGGAUGAAGACCAUGGGUCGAGCUUGGGUGGGGCCUCGUUGCAAGCUGCGGCGGCACAGACCGAGCAGAUCCAGGAGAGCAUCACAGCCACACAUGCUUUCCUUGCGCGGCUCUCGAGCUUAUCCACCCAGGGACACGAUGAAGAUACAGCUCCACUCGAAGUGGCUGCUGCGGGGUACCUCAAACUCGUCUCGGAAUACACCAUGGCGCGCGAAGCUCAAUUGCGCGAACUGCGCGAUCUGGACCGAAAACUCGCGCGAGAUAUGGCAGCCACCCCAACACACCAUCGCACCGCCUCGCUGGCAUCAGUCGACUCGGACGCUACGAUCAGAGAGGAGGAGGGAUUGGACGGGGGAAUGUUCGCACCUGUAUACGCAUCAACCUCGGCACUGGUGGGAUCGUUAGGGAGUCUGCAUGAACAUACGCAGGUGACCAAGAGCAGUACGGCUGAUGCCCAACGUCGUCUCAAGUCGCUCCGCACCCUACUGGCACAGUGGAACGCCGACCACGAAAGCACCCAACACAGCCUCGAUUGGAUCGCCACCCAUCAUCCCACCCAGCAGGCGGGCGAAACAGCACACUCGCAACUCGACUACUGUCGAAAACGUCUGGACGACGCCCAAUUGACGGCGACACAGCUACUCACUCCCAAACGCAUACCCGCCUAA